AACCCGCUAAAUGGAAGGCUAUGAAACCAGUCUCUCUCUCUAUCUAUCUCGUAACGGUAAUUUGACAAAAUGACAGCGCUUCCCGCCCUCAUAUCCACCACGACCAACACAACAACCACCACUCUUCCUCAACAUCCCAACACCAUACUACCACCGCACACUACCCGUCAUCAAGACCAAACCCGACUCAUUAACCGCGACUCGAAAAAACCCAAUCUUUCCCUCAAACAAAUAUCUAAUAAAACCUCAAUAGACCCCGUUGUUUCAUGGACCUCUUCACUUUCCCGUUAUUGCCGCAACGGGCAGUUGCACCAAGCCGCCUCUCACUUCACUCAAAUGCGUCUCUUAGAAAUCGACCCCAAUCAUGUCACGUUCAUUACUCUUCUCUCCGGCUGUGCAGAUCUUCCAUCACAAGGAAACUCUCUUGGCCCUUUACUUCAUGCUUACACGCGAAAACUGGGCUUGGAUACGUGUAAUUUGAUGGUGGGUACAGCGCUUGUUGAUAUGUACGCUAAGUGUGGUCAUGUGGAAUUGUCUAGGUUGUGUUUUGAUGAGCUAAAAGUGAAGAAUUCGUUUUCUUGGAAUACGAUGAUGGAUGGGUUCGUGAGGAAUGGGAAGAUAAGGGAGGCGAUUGAGGUGUUCGAUGAAAUGCCUGAGAGAGGUGUGAUAUCUUGGACUGUGUUGAUUAAUGGGUUUGUUAAAAUGGGUCUUUUUGAGGAAGCUCUUGAGUGGUUUAGAAAAAUGCAGGUUUCUAAAGUAGAGCCUGAUCGCGUGACCAUUGUUACAGUUCUGUCCGCGUGUGCCAAUUUGGGAGCACUGGGUUUAGGCUUGUGGGUGCAUCGAUAUGCUUUGAAAAAAGGGUUAAGGGACAAUGUUAAGAUAUGUAAUUCUCUGAUUGAUUUCUAUUCUCGAUGCGGGGCCAUCGAAUUAGCUCGUCAAGUGUUUGAGAAAAUGGGUGAGAGAACUUUGGUUUCUUGGAAUUCGAUUAUUGGGGGUUUAGCUGCUAAUGGGUUUACCGAGGAAGCUUUGGAGCAUUUUGAUUUGAUGCAGAAACAAGGGUUCAAGCCAAAUGAUGUCAGUUUCACUGGAGCACUCACUGCUUGCAGCCAUACUGGUUUGGUUGAUGAAGGGCUGAAAUACUUUGAUAUCAUGGAGAGAGUGCACAAAAUUUCUCCUAGAAUUGAGCAUUAUGGGUGCAUAGUGGAUCUUUACAGCCGAGCAGGGAGAUUAGAAGAUGCAAUGAGUGUAGUACAAAAUAUGCCAAUGAAGCCAAAUGAAGUUGUUGUAGGGUCAUUAUUGGCUGCUUGUAGGACUCGUGGGGAUGUUGAAUUAGCUGAAAGGUUAAUGAACUAUCUUGUCCAUUUGGAUCCUGGAGCCGAUUCAAAUUAUGUAUUACUCUCCAAUAUAUAUGCAGCAGUUGGAAGGUGGGAUGGUGCAUGCAAGCAGAGAAUGACAAUGAAAGCUCUUGGUAUACAGAAGAAGCCAGGAUUUAGUUCAAUUGAGAUUGGAUGUGACAUUCACGAGUUUGUGGCUGGUGAUAAAUCUCAUGAUAAAGCAGAGGAUAUAUAUUCGAUGUUAGAGCUUCUGUCUUUUGAUCAAGCAUUGUGUGGUUAUGUUCCUGAAGCCAUGGCUAAGGAUAUGCUAGGAAAUGGCUGAAGGUAGCAGUAUGAGACGGAAAAAAAAACAUGCAAUUCUCAAUUGUUAAGACUAUUGCCUUCUUUCUUUGAUGUUACUAUUACCUCCUUACUGAGUGGCAUUGCUUUUGAUCAAAUGGAAGGCAAUGCUUGAAAAUGGAUGGUUAUAAUUAAACGGAUACUUUGCUAGCUAGCAAAUAAACACAGUGCUGGGCACCUUCUUAUUCUCCAAGGAGGACACCACAUCGCACACUCAUCUUACUGUCUUCAAACGCUUGAAGGUGUGCUCAACUUUCUACUGCCUCUGUUAUGUGAUCUUUUAUUGCAUUAACACCCAGAGAUGAGGCUUUUGCUGUAAAAGUUGUUGGAGCCAUCAGAAAGUACCAGAAAGACAUUGCUCUGUUUUUUAAGAGAAACGUGAUCAGGAGGUAUGGCUCUUGUGGACUAGUUUCUUAUGAUGGCUGGGACAUGAAUGGCCAUUUCCUAGAACAGUAGAUGAUCUACUUCGGCUCAGGAGUUCUUGUGUUCACAGAAAAAUGCAGAGGAGAGUUUGGGUUCUCUUUUCUUUGGUCAAUGUGGCUGGCAAGGAAUGAUUUAGUCUUCAAUGAUGUGGCACCAGAAUGCGAUAGUAUCUGCUCCAAUGGUGAAGCUCGAUGGUUUUUUCAGGGGAGCAAAAUUUAACAUAAUACUUGUAUACUUUUUUUACACAAACAUAUAGCAUAUCAAAUAAAGUAUAUGAUUAGUUCAAAAAACAAUAUCAAGUUUGUAUAUUUGAAUAAAAAAAAUUGAAUUGGAAGUAA